AAUUUCUGAAGAAAGAGCUGGAAAAGUUUAGGAAAAUAUUACAAAAUGAGAACAGAGAAACCUUUGUGAAGGACUUUAAUGAGAAUAGAUGCAGUAUCAAAGCAGCAGCUCUUGAUCUCACACUACAUUACCUGAGAGAGAUGAAGCAAGAUGAAGCUGCUGAUGCUCUAGAAGAUGAGCUGUUCUUCAUUCAUCAGCUAAAAUGUGGCCUAAAGAAGAAGUAUCAGUGUGUGUUUGAAGGAAUGGCGAAGCAUGGUGACUCCAUACUUCUGAAUAACAUCUACACAGAUCUCUAUAUCACUCAGGGUGGCAGUGAACAGGUCAAUACUGAACAUGAGGUCAGACAGAUUGAAGUUGCUUCCAGACGUCAUGAAGCUCAAGAGAUUCAGGUUAAAUGCACAAAUUUGUUUGAAGCUCCUGAACAAGACGAAGAGAUCCGAACUGUACUGACAAAAGGAGUCGCUGGCAUCGGGAAAUCAGUCUCUGUGCAAAAGUUUGUUCUGGACUGGGCUGAAGGAAAAGAAAAUCAAGAUAUCAGCUUCAUAUUUCCUCUUCCAUUCAGAGAGAUGAACUUAAAGGAGAAAGAAAAACUAAGUUUGAUGGACCUUAUAACUCAUUUUUUCCCAGAGACAAAAGGACUGAACCUUACAAGAAGGAAUCGAUUCAAAGUCCUGUUCAUCCUUGAUGGAUUGGACGAAUGUCGCCUUCCUCUGAAGUUUGAUUGUAAUGAGACGUGGAGUGAUGUAUCGUCACCAGCCUCUCUGGAUGUUCUCCUAACGAACCUCAUGAAGGGAAAUCUGCUUCCUUCUGCUCUCAUCUGGAUCACCACCAGACCAGCAGCUGCCAGUAAGAUUCCUCCUGACUGUAUCGACCGGCUGACUGAGAUACGAGGAUUCAGUGACGCACAAAAGGAAGAGUACUUCAAAAAAAGAUUGACGGAUCAGAAUCAGGCCAUCACAAUCAUUGAUCAUGUUAAAAAAUCAAGGAGUCUCUUUAUCAUGUGCCACAUCCCAGUCUUCUGCUGGAUUUCAGCCACUGUUCUCCAGAACAUUCUGGAGGAGAAAAGAAAUAAUGAGAUCUCUAAAACACUACAGGAAUCAAAUACUGAAGACACUCCCAAGACUCUGACACAAAUGUACACACACUUUCUCCGCUUUCAGAUCCAGCAGAUCCACCGAAAGAAUGAUGGAGAAUAUGCAGCAGAUGUUUCCUGGGAUAAAGACGCCAUCCUUUCACUGGGGAAACUGGCAUUUCAUCAGCUGGAAAGAAACAACGUGAUCUUCUAUGACACAGACCUGGAAGCCUGUGGUAUUGACGUCUAUAAGGCAUCAGUGUACUCAGGCAUGUGUACCCAGAUCUUUAAGGAGGAAACAGGGAUCAUUCUUGGUACCAUGUACUGCUUUGUUCACUUGAGCAUUCAAGAGUUUAUUGCAGCCCUUUAUGCACAUCUGUUUCUAGACAUCAACAAGAAAAGUGUGUUUGUUCAUGAGUCUACAGAACAGGAAAACAAAAGUGAAACCAUGAUUGAUUUUCUCAAGACUGCAGUGGACGAGGCGCUCGAGAGUGACAAUGGACACCUGGACCUUUUCCUUCGCUUCCUCCUCGGUCUGUCAGUCCAGUCCAAUCGACGACUCUUACGGGGUCUGUUGACACAGCAAGACGCCAGUGACCAGAGCAACAAAGAAAUAGUUCAGUACAUCAAGCAGAAAUUAGAAAGCAAUCUGUCUGCAGAGAGAUCCAUCAAUCUGUUCUACUGUCUGAAUGAACUGAACGACCAAACUCUGGUGAAGGAGAUUCAGACCCACCUUAGCAAAGGAAGUCUGUCAUCUGGUGACCUUUCACCUGCCCAGUGGUCUGCUUUGGUCUUUGUGUUGUUGACAUCAGAGGAAGAGCUGGAGGAGUUUGAGCUUCAGAAAUUCAAGAAAUCAGACGAGUGUCUCAUUAGAUUAUCGGCAGUCAUCAAAACCUCCAGAAGAGCGCUGUUAUAUGAUUGUAACUUAACAGACAAAAGCUGUUCAGCUCUGGCUGCAGUUCUUGGAUCAGAUACCAAUUUUAAAGAGCUGAACCUGAACAAUAAUAAUCUGCAGGAUUUAGGAGUGAAGCUCCUCUGCACUGGACUGAAGAAUCUAAACUGUAAAUUGGAGAUACUGAGACUCUCUAACUGCAGUGUAACAGAAGAAGGUUAUAAAGCUCUGGCUUCAGCUCUGAGAUCAAACCCUUCACACCUGAUAGAGCUGGAUCUCACAGGAAAUGAACCUGGACAAUCAGGAGUGAAGGCACUCAGUGAUUUACUACAGGCUCCAAACUGUCAACUGAAGACACUGAGGUGA